AGAGAGAGAGGUUUUUCAUCAAUGGGUUUGUUCCCCAGAUGCCUGCAAAAGCCAUGGCUGGGCCAAGCCAAGCUUGGGAGCUGGGAACCUCAACUGAGCUUCUCAGAUAAGAUGCUCCAAGUCCUUGCAGCUCUCUUCAGAAGGAAAAUCCCUAGUGCUCUGCUCUUGCCAUGAUACCAAACCUUUCAACCUAAUGCUUUGGUGCUGCAACACUGGAAGAAUUGUACACAGGUUCCAGGAAUAUCAAUUUUUCAUUUGAGUGAUUCUUUGCGGAUGGAAAAACAACUAGAGUCUUAAUAAUUACCUUGUUUUAAAGCUAAUUUCUCUAUAGUCUGAACUGCUUAGAAUAAGUCAGGUCACCUACCAAUGAGCCACACAGCCAGUUCUUGUCAGGAGCUGGUUGAAAACUGUGCUGUGCAUGUAGCAGGGAUGGCACAAGAAGAUAGCCGCCGUGGUCAAGUGCCAUCCACCUUUUAUCAUGGUGCCAACCAAGAACUUGACCUGUCCACCAAAGUGUACAAAAGGGAAUCAGGCAGUCCUUAUUCUGUGCUGGUGGACACCAAGAUGAGCAAACCCCAUCUGCACGAAACAGAGGAACAGCCAUAUUUCAGGGAGACAAGAGCCGUGUCUGACGUGCAUGCUGUCAAGGAAGACCGGGAGAAUUCUGAUGACACAGAAGAGGAGGAGGAGGUCUCUUACAAAAGGGAGCAGAUCAUAGUGGAGGUAAACCUUAAUAAUCAAACCUUAAAUGUAUCUAAAGGGGAAAAGGGUGUCUCUUCCCAGUCCAAAGAGACUCCUGUUCUUAAGACAAGCAGUGAGGAGGAAGAGGAAGAGAGUGAGGAAGAGGCCACAGACGACAGCCAUGACUAUGGAGAGAACGCAAGGCAGAAGAAGAAGGAGAAGAUAGUGGAGAAGGUCAGCGUCUCGCAAAGGAGGACCCGGCGAGCGGCCUCGGCUGCCACAGCUGCCGCUUCCCCUACUCCCAGAGCCACGAGAGGGCGUAGGAAGAGUGUAGAGCCACCUAAGCGUAAGAAGCGGGCCGCAAAGGAGCCCAAAGCACCAGUCCAGAAAGCUCAGUGUGAAGAGAAAGAGACUCUGACCUGUGAGAAGUGCCCCAGGGUGUUUAAUACUCGCUGGUACCUGGAGAAGCACAUGAACGUUACUCAUAGGCGCAUGCAGAUUUGUGAUAAGUGUGGCAAGAAGUUUGUCCUGGAAAGUGAGCUGUCCCUUCACCAGCAAACAGACUGUGAAAAAAACAUCCAGUGUGUGUCCUGUAACAAAUCCUUCAAGAAGCUGUGGUCCCUUCAUGAGCAUAUCAAGAUUGUCCACGGAUACGCAGAGAAGAAGUUUUCCUGUGAAAUUUGUGAGAAGAAAUUUUAUACCAUGGCUCAUGUGCGGAAACACAUGGUUGCACACACGAAAGACAUGCCAUUCACAUGUGAAACCUGUGGAAAAUCAUUCAAGCGCAGUAUGUCACUCAAGGUGCACUCCUUGCAGCAUUCUGGAGAGAAGCCGUUCCGAUGUGAGAACUGUGACGAACGAUUCCAGUACAAGUACCAGCUGCGCUCCCACAUGAGCAUCCACAUUGGGCACAAGCAGUUCAUGUGCCAGUGGUGUGGCAAGGACUUCAACAUGAAGCAGUACUUUGACGAACACAUGAAAACACACACUGGAGAGAAACCUUUUAUCUGUGAAAUCUGUGGCAAAAGCUUCACCAGCCGCCCCAACAUGAAGAGGCACCGCAGAACGCACACCGGGGAGAAGCCCUACCCAUGUGACGUGUGUGGCCAGCGCUUCCGCUUCUCCAACAUGCUCAAGGCUCACAAGGAGAAAUGUUUCCGGGUGACCAGCCCUGUGAACGUGCCGCCUGCUGUCCAGACCCCACUUACAGCAGCCCCCGCCACUCCCAUGCCCUCGGUGGUGAACACCCCGGCGACUCCCGCCGCUCCCAUCAACAUGAACCCUGGCAGCGCGCUUCCCCCCCGGCCCAUCCCUCACCCCUUCUCGCACCUGCACAUCCACCCACACCCACACCACCCACACCACCUUCCCAUCCCUCCGGUGCCUCACCUCCCGCCGCCUCCAGCCCUCUUUAAGAGCGAGCCUUUAAAUCACAGAGGCCAGAGCGAGGACAGCUUUCUGCGGCACCUGGCGGAGAAGACCAGUGCGGCGCAGCAGCCGCAGCCGCCACCGCCGCCGCCACCGCCGCAGCAGCAACAUUAGCGUCGGCCUCCUUCAGCCCGGUGCUCCGCUGCCCCGCUGCCCGCGCGGUUCUCAGGCCUCCCCGGCGUCUCUCUGCCCGAGGGAGUGAUUGAGAAGGCUGCCUUCUGCUGUCCCAGGGGAACCACCGAACUGAAGCCCAAUUCGCUUGCAUUUUCUGAUGACGUUUAUAGGUUUCAGAUAUGCAGACUUAUGGAAUUUUAUAAUUUCAUAUCAGCUGAUGAGGUAUGCUUGCUUUUAUAUCCUGGACUUCCCCUCAAAGAGGGGCUAGGCCUGGUUUUCCUUCAUACUAAUCGGGAAGGCUGUGAGAUUAAUCCAGAGCAUUAAUUGUAUCACUGUGUAUGGUAAUGAAUUCUCAGCUGGUGGUGCUGGCUCCAGAGCUCAGCCGCCCCUCACCGUAUAUCAAGCAUUAUAGAGCAAGACAGAAAUUGUCUUCUUUGUGUAGCUCUCCUAACGCACCCUUUAUUUUACUACAAAAAUUAUUUUAGAGUUUUUGUAUAGACUUCUUUAGUAGCCUGUUUCUAAAAUGAAAUGUAUUUCAAUAAGCGGUGUAAUUUUUUCAGUGUAGCUGAACCUAUGUUGUAAAAUAGAAAAAAAAAUUUUAUAAUCAUCAAAAUGUGAUUCUUAAAAGAUGCAUAUAACUUCUAUAAUUCAAAGCUAUUCUUACGUCCGUACAACUCAAAGGUGCUUCGGAGACUAGUCCUGUGCAAGAGAGGGUCCGCAGGUCAGGUUCCUGCACACGCCAGGUGUUGCCUGCUGUGCUGGGUAGUUGAUAAAUCUUAGUGCUUAACACAGACACUGCUGCUGCGUCUGCCCCGCCCCUCCCCGCCCCUCCCGGGUGCAGCUGUGGAAGGCCCUGAGCCUGGCUGCCCUUCCUCUGUGGCAGGAGCCAUCUCCAGCCAGUCCUGUGGCCUAGUGGCUUCUCUUAAAAACUGUGUUAAAGUUGGACUUCCAGGGGAUGACAGAGGCAGUCUCUUUGUUGUAAGAUUGCUUUUUUUUUUUUUUUUUGAGAAGCUACCAAGUAAAUAAAAACACAAGUGCAAGAUCAGUGAUUCCACAUUCUAGAUAAAGCAAAUUGAUUGUGAGUUUUUACAUCUCUCGCUGGUAAACCAUGGCAGUGCCUGCAACUUUGUGCUGGUUCUGGCAGUUUGAAGUGUAGGCAGGGAAAAGGCCAAGUGUGGCUGCCCAGUGCUCUUGAGGUGCAAAGAACAGCCCCUCUCACACCUGCAGACAGGUGACAUUUUCAGAUUUGGGGAACUUGAGCAGCGCACUGUCAUCCAGGAGCUCGCUAUGAGAAAGGCUGAACAGAAGGGUUGCCCUGUCGGCUACGUGUAACUGAUCCAACUCCUCCUCCCGGAGGGCUGAGUUUCCAGGCCAGGUCACUCGUCUCGCCGCCCCCUCCUCCACUUCACACUCUUGAAAUUUCUUCAUUUUUCUCUCCUCAGACUCUGAAAUCGUUGCCUGAAUUAGAACCCUGUUUUUUUAUUUGUUUUCUAUUUUUAGUACUAAUUGUGCAGAUAAUACUUUAAGCACUUUUCUGGCUGCUUAGCUCUGUGAUGGGGUGGGGGUGGACCCCUCGGAGUUGAGGCUAAGUCCCUGUUAAAGGUAACAUUCUCCAGUCACUUUUUCACCUGAUGUUUUUUGAAUUGUCUCCUUCUGGUCUUGCCUUUUUCUCU